AUGUCCGUUUCGUAUGACGCAGAGAAUACCCUGGACGAUGCUACCUGGGUGGCUGCGCUCCUGAGUGAACGUGAUGUAGCUGGCCAGAUACCGAUCAACUUCGUCACUAACCCUGCCGUGUCGCUUUCCUCGGCCUGCUUCGGCGCAGGCUUGUACGAUCGAGAAGAUGCUGCAAAAUGCAUUUCAAACCUCCUAGCUGUCGGAUACCGACGACUAGCCCUGGACCUGUAUUGGUCCGUCACGCGUAGGACAUGGACCUUCUGCCCCGUCAACAUCCCCGCAAGGGCCGAUGUCACAGUCUCCGCGUAUACAUCUACAACAACAGAAUCCUCGUCGACAACUAUCAUGACGACUACGACCGACUCAUCCUCGACGACAUCGGGCGCAGCAGCAGCCUCCAUAACCGGUUACUCGGAUAGCCACGGAGACACGGUUUAUGAGCUAGGGCCUUAUCGCUGCACGGAUAAACUGGAUCUAUCCACCUUGGCUGAAAUAUUGGUUGGCUACUUUCAAGACACAACAUCCGAGUUGACUACAUACACAACCUAUCUGGUAUUGAACUUGCAUGCAGCUAGCAGUGAUUCUGCGCCCACGGAACCUGCAUCUGCCGUAACUGGGAAUGACUUGCCCUCAUCGCAAACAGAACGAGUGGGCUCGUUUCUCGGAUUGGAUUUGAGAGAUUACUUAUACAGUCCUUCUCAACUCGCCGAAGACCGAAGCAACCUCAACGAAUCUUGGUAUGAGGUUGAGGAGAGUUAUAUGCCCAUUGUGGAGUACUUCACCAUUCAUAAAGACAAGAAGGGUUUACAUAGCACACCGGAUGGAUGGCCAUCAUCCAAGUACAUCCAGCUUGCCAAGUCUGACCGUGUCAUAAUGGAGUACGGCUCGGUCGACCCGCAGCUUGCCACUUAUGACCUGGUGCAAGAUCAAGAUACCAUUUUCCCUCCUGGUUAUCUGACAACCGAGACACAAACCUCAAUGGCCACAAACGGAUCUGGUACUCCGGGCUGUCUGUAUAAGGCAGGUGCCACGGAAGUCUCCCAGGCGAACUCAUCGUGGGCAACAUCGAAUGGUAUCCCUGUGGCAUACAGUGCAUCUGAUGAUAUUACUAUGCAAUCGUUAGAUGACACCAUUGCGGGUAUUACAGGAUGUGGCAUGUCGCCGAUGCUCAAUUCUACUCUAUUUGAACAGACUGCGGAAGUCAAUGUGGACCAUUACCGUAAUGUCUCUCUUGCGGUGUCAUGGGCAUGGGCAAUUGGAGAACCAGAAGGUGCAGAUUCUGGCGGUGGCACUCAAGGUGUUCCCACAUUUGAUCGCUGCGCCAUCAUGGACCUCUCACUGGGUGGCCGCUGGCGUGCCACCAAUUGUACCGAGCAGCGACGGGCUGCAUGUCGAGUGGGCAAUUCGCCGUUCGAGUGGGCGCUAUCCAACUCAACGGCCGAGUACAAGUUCGUGUCAGGCAUGUGCCCCACAGGGUCCAGCUUCGCCGUUCCUAGGACCGGCCUUGAGAACACUUAUCUUUAUAAAUACCUCCUGACCCAACCCCAGUCUAUUAUCAAUCCUGAGUCUACGGACCUUUCUCAACGGGAGGUUUACAUCGACUUUAACUCUAUUCAAAUCACCUCGUGCUGGGUCUCUGGUGGCCCCGGAGCCAGCUGCCCCUACGCGUCUGACCCGCAGGAAUUGGAACGCAGGACGGUGCUGGUUGCCGCCAUUGCUGGUUUUGUGAUCUUGGUCAUCACCGCUUUAACACUUUUCAUUAAGUGCAAUGCCAAUCGCCGCAAUUCUCGACGCCGGAAGCGUGUUAUUGAGGGCUGGGAAUAUGAGGGUGUUCCUUCAUAG